UAAAAUUAACGAUAUCAGCAUCAUAUUCUGACUAAAAAAAGCACUACAAUAAUAUCGUGGGUCUACACGUGGAGAACGAUUUAUCGCUAAAUCUUUUCGAUAAAAAUUAGGAUUCCAGGAAUUAAAAGUUGAUAAAAGAGUGUACCUAUUGUAACACCGACGGUGAAUUUUCUGUGUUUUCAGGGUCGACAAACAAUGUUACCACACCAUACCUGUACUAGUGAUGUGUUUUCUGUACUUAAAGAAAAAACGAAUAUUAAACAACCAUUCUAACCAUAUGAUAAUUUUCAUAGUUUUUGGAUGAUCGCUGCGUCUACUGUUAACAUUUUGCCGACGUUUCAGUUUUCAUUAGCAGGAGGAACAACUGUACCAACAGACCAUAGGUGUACAUACAAAAAUAUAUGGGAUAAAUGGCAUACGAAUGGAUUUCCUUAUUUAUUUAUUCCUUUACUAAAUUCCCACUUUCCACACCAGGAUCAAGAGUGGCCACUGACCGCUGUCGCAUUGAAGAACACAACAACUGAAGAUGUUGUACUGGAGCAUGAGGCGAAACGUUUGGAUUUCACAAUUCCACCAUUCAAACUAGGAACUGUACAAGCCUACAUUCUACCAAACACUUUUUAAUUUCUUAGGAAAACCAAUUACAAAAGUGCUUAUAAGUAUUAAUGAAAAUAUUCAUUUUAUUUUCUAUUAUAAACAACAAUAUUUAUAAGUUAGUAACAAUAUUAUUAACUUCUUUUUUUCUCCAUGGUAUUUCUAUGUUGCAUAUAAUACAAUUAUUUUGGUAAAAAACAACUUCAUUAAUAAUUCACUAACGUUUGCCCUGCUGAUUGAGAACUUCCCCAAUGUAAUCAUAAAGCUAUUUUCAAAAGUGGCGAUUUGCAAACAGCCUUCUUUGACAUACUAUUAUUAAACAAAAUAAAAGAUACAGUAUCUAUUAGAGUUGUUAGAGAUAAGUUUAAUGAUUCUUAUUACGUUUUUGUUCAUGUAAACGUUAAUUAGAUUUCAAGUAACUUAGGCUUUAAUCACUGUUUCAUAAAGUCAAUAAUACAAAGUUUGCUUGUAAGUCGUCAUUUCUUAAAAUACCCUUACAAUUAUCUUGAGGAAGUCCCAAUCAGUGGGCGAAAUGUUAGCAAAUACUUAAUAAACAUUUUUUAUCUUAUCUCCACCGAAAGUAAGUACUACAUUUUUCCCUAAUUCCAGGGACGAAACUGCAACUUUUUCUACCGGGUUAGAAAUCGCGUCUAUUAUAGGAAAGGAUUUUCUUUGAUAUCAAGAAAUAUCGAAUUUAUGGGCCUUGGGAAGAAAGUACGAUACCACUAGGGUUGCCACCCGUACUUUAUUAUAAAGUAUUGUACUCUAUUUCGACUGUGCGUACGUUAUACUUUACAA